AUGACAUCCAGCGACCAACCAAGUCCACUGCAUUCGACACAGCAGUGGAAACUUGAAGUGAUGAGUCAGGCCAACACCAGUUACAAAAUUCGUCAACAGUUUGGAAUUCCAAAAGUAGCAGAAACAAGUGCACUUCUCGCUUCACCAGUUUGGUAUGAAAAAGAUUACAUUUACAACAGAGCAGCCAGAAUUCUCAUGCAUAGCAAAUCGGAGUUUCUAAGAGCCAAAUGCCUAAAGUGUGACGAAUUGUUGUUUAGUAACAAAUUCAACAGACAGAUUGGUUUGCUGAGGUUUCACCCAUUUGACACACAACUAGCUAUUGUUGAAGAAGUCAAUGUCCAAAUUUAUGAUUGGGACACAAAUUCAAAGUUGGCAACGGUACACAAUAACAAACCUCACACUCGAAUCACUUACCUCGAAUUUAUAAACGCGUAUGAUAAUACGCUGCUAAUUACUGGAACCAGUGAGUUUUAUGAAUAG